UUAGAUCGUUUAGUUUUUAUUUUCGUUGGAAUCCACAAGCCACCGUCAAGCUGGGUGCCAAAACGGUGGACAGGUUCCUGAGUUUAGCAGACGACAAUUUUGUUGAAGAUGUAAAGGACGAUUUAAAAUGUUUUAUAGCAGAAAAAAGAGUUGACAGCGUGCUGGUGUUCCCACCAGUAAGCAACUAUCGGCGAUUCCUGAUCCACCGCUGCGUGGAGGAGUUUGGCUGUCCGGAGCUUGCCACAUUCUCCAUCGGUGUAAGCGACGAGCGCAGGACAGUGAUCUGCUUCAGAGAGAAGAUACUCCGGGAUGAAGCUUGUGCUCUGCCUACCAUGGGAUUGACGCAGACCGAACGCGAAGAUGCGAACAUAUCACACUCGGACGCCGCGGUGGGGUGCAAGCCGGCGCGCGCGCAGCCUCAAGGAAAGAUCAGAUCCGGUCCAACGAAGCCUCGUCGCCCCGACCGCGCCGUAUACGUCCCCCGCGCGCUCCGCACAGCCGACAGCUCGGAGGAGAAGCCGGACGCCAAGCGAGCGCCGAAGGCGUCCAAGUCGCCCAGCAAAGACAAGUCGCAGCCCGGCACGCCGCGGCGCUCCAGCGACAAGGCGUACUGCAACGUGUACACGCCGCCGCACCUGCGCGCCGCGCGGCCCGACGCGCCCAGCUCGCAGCCCCCGCCCUCGCCCGGGGCCGACUCCGUGCCUUCAGUCUGCCGAGUGCCAAAUAGUGAUAGUGCAAUAUCGUUCAGUGAUAAUAGUUUUAACGAGAUAGACGAUAGUAGUUUUUAUAUAGGAGAUUAUUUCGCCAACGGACAGCUCGGGCUGUACGCGCCCGACUAUUAUAACGAUUUCGUCAGAUAUCCGACCGAAGACAACGACUGGAGGACUAAUGAGUCCGAUGUGAACAUGGCCGUACCUGAAACGAACCAGAGCAAUAUUAUAGACAAUGGAUAUUUAUAUGAUAAGGACGAGGAUGUCGAUGAGAAAGAGUUGAAGCGGGCUUCCCAAGAAAUUAAUAGGAGCAACAAGAGAAUAAUCAAACAGAGUUUCGAUUCAGAUGUUCUAGUGAUAUCUGAUCCGGCCGAGGCGGAAGAAAAGGAGCGAACUGCGCCAGAAGCGAUAAUCGAGGAAGAGAAAAAGGAACCCGAACCUAAGAAGCUAAAACCGCAGCUAGAAGCUAAGGUCUCACUAAAACGUGAGGAAAACGACUGGGACGCUGUUUUCGACGACAGCGGAGAAUGUCUCGACCCGUCCUUGCUGGAGGAACUCACCUCCACCGUGGGAAAAGUUCACAUAAGCAAAGCAAAGAAUAGUUACGAACAGUACCAGACGCGAGGCCAGGCGUUAUUCAACGGGCCGUACGACGAGACCUUCGGCCACGUGGUGGAAGUGUAUGACUUUCCUAGUGAGUUUAAGACGAACGAUUUGUUCUCUGUGUUCAGUGAGUACAAGGACACCGGCUUCGAGAUCAAGUGGGUGGACGACACGCACGCCUUGAUUGUCUUCAGCAGCGCCAAAAUUGCUGCGGAGGUGCUCCGAACGCAGAGGCAGCUAGUCCGGUGUCGACCGCUCCAAGAAGCCACUCUCGAAUCCCGCAACAAGGCCAAAAAGUGCGCCGAGUUCCUGCAACCCUACAGACAGCGUCCAGAAACGUGCACGGCGCUGGCUCGGCGGCUGGUGUCGGGCGCGCUCGGCGUGAAGCUCAGCACCGCGCGACAGGAACGAGCUGAAGAGCGCCGCCUCAUCACUCUCGCCAGAGAGAAGAAGCGUCAAGCGGCGCUGCACAAGGAGGCUGCGUGGGACGGCUCGCUCGCCAACUCCGGCGCCCUCGCCGACUCCUGAGAUGGCGAGCCCCAGAAUCCAAACACUUCCUCUACUUAGAAGACGAGCUCUCAACUAGGAAAAUUCUUUAACCGUUACUAGCGUAUAGACAUAGAUAUUUUUUUAAAACGAUGUUAGAGAUUAUAGCCACGCUCAAGAGGUUUUAGCCUUAAUCCAUGUGUCAUAAGGUGUAUUACGUAAUGUUAACUACUCUCAAUGUCGUGAGCUUCCUAUGAGUGUUAGCGUAGUUUGUUAUAUAUAUAGGUAAUUUGCAAGAUUUGUGACUGUAUUUUUAACCCUUUGAAUGUCGCGUAUUGGCGUCGUCGUCUCGAACCAGAGAGCGGACAAGCCGUCGGCGAAAGUGUCGCAGUUGUUAGCUCGUUGACACAGACAUGGAAAUGAUGCGCGUGUAUUGCGCAAUAGCCCAGUGUGUGUGGGUUCAAGAACUUGCGAUUGGCGUAAUUAAUACAAAUCGCCCGACAUGUUCGACCUCCUUCCUUUCUAUACCUGUCUUGAACAUUGUCGGAAUGCACGAAGGUUGAUAUUUGAUUGUUGCCCCGCGCAUUAAUUGACGUAUUUGGCAGUCAAAGGGUUAAUUUACAUUUAAGACGAAAAAUAUGCUUGUUAAAAACUUUUACAAGUGUAAUUUUGCCUUAAAAAUAUGGCACCCUGGCCGUGUCUAAACCAGAACACUGAAUUUAUCAGCUUUAACUUAUGUUAGCCUUUCAUCAGUCUCGUUUACUAAUUAUAUACUCAACUUUCAUGUUCUAAUCGUAACAUACAAAUACAGUACAGUCACCGGCAAUAACAUCGCACAAAAGGAAGGCCGCAAAAACGUCUGACAAAAUCCUAUUUCUAGAGCCAUAUAAGCAGGUGCGGGUUAAGGGUAGAGCGAGUGGAGCGGCCGCUUUAGGCGCCAAAUGACAGGAGGGGCGCCAAAAUGGUAAAAAAAAGACAUGGUACUUUUUUUCAGUGAAAAAGUUUUUUAAACAGGGGCAACAAAAUCAUAUCUUGCUCUACCCUGAUUUUUUUAAAGCUUUUUAAAGCUGAUGUUAUUGCAGGUGACUGUGUCUACGAGAAUAUCAUACAAUGGCUCUACCUUCUACAACUAUUUUAUAUUGUAUAGUAUUGUUUACACCAAAUAUUAGUAUCUAUUAAGUUUAUUAGCAUAAUAACUCUUUUAUAAUUAAAUAGGAUUCAUUGUAUUGGUACAUUGGCCAUUUCACUUGAAUAACUUAAAAAAAGAACAUUUCUUUUAAAUAAAGUUGGUCUCCAACAUUGGUAACUAUACAAAAUAGGUAACUUUUUAAUCAUGACAAUCGAUUGUCUCUGUAUUGAUUUUUGAGGAAUAUAAUAAAAUGAUGAAUUUAUAUGUAAAAGAAAAAUGAAUUGUAAUACCGAUUCUAUAAAAUAUGAGUUCAAACAUAUUAUAAAAGUCAGGAAUAGGGAAUAAUUGUAUAUCCCAUAUAAUUUGAAUCAUUUGAACAGGUUCCAUUAUGCGUAUUUUCUUAUAUACGCCCUUUCAAUAUUUUUUUGCUUUGUGAAAUGGUCUUUGAACUUAUUAAUGUUUUGUUGUGAGUUUCGUGCCUUUCGUAUCUAGUCUGGUUGUAUGUAAUGAAGGCAACAAACCUCUUGGCGUCCAUUGAUAUAUAUAUUAGAAGAUAUUUGUAAAACUACAAUUAUUAUAGUAGAAUAAUGAAUGAAAACUGUGCAUAGUUAUUGUUAGGGUAAAAACACAAGCGGGCGUAUCACACAAACCUUAUCGCGUCGGUGCGUCUCUAUCGCACUUACAAAUAGUGUGAAAAGGACGUCCUGACGCGAUAGGCUUUAUUACGCGACCGUACUUGUUUUCCAGAUCCCCACGUAAUUAAUCAGUUUAUUGAACAGAAGCCUAAAAUACAGUAAUAGCAAAUGACAAGUGGUCCUUGUGUUGUGAUUGUGACGCGACGUUCUCACGCCGCCAUUGCUCUCCCAUAGGGAUGUCCUGUGUCAGUAGUGAUGUUCCCUUACAUUAUAGAAUUUAAUCUGUCGUGACUGCUCGCUAUCUGUUAGUUUUUAAAACCGGAGACCUUGGGUCUACCAAAUAUGGAAACUCGUGAGCCAAAGGGAAAAAAACAUGUUUAAAGAGUUAUUUUGAAGGUCGCUGUGACAAGUUAUUUGCAUUACAAGCAAAUUUCAUCCUUAUAGUAUGCGAUAAUUGUGAUAUUAUUGUCUUUGCUUCGCUGCAGGUAUAAGAAACUCCAAAACAGAAGCAAUGAACAAAGUCUGUUAUAUUCGUCAUUCUACUGUAAAUAAUAAAAUAGUCAUAUCGUAGUUUUAAACGUUAAAGCGUGAUUUACGACUGUUUAAGAUCAAUGUCUCCUUUUAAAAUAGACUAAGCUGGUAGAACACCUGUAAAAUAUAUAUUUUUACAUCCAGUCUCGUUUCUAUGACGAGCUCAUUGUUAGAUGUAGGCUAAAUGUUGUAUCGGAUCUCCCUUUCAUUCAGUAAGGUCCGACAGAGAUAGAAAUAAAAUUAUACUCACAUCUUUAAAAAAAUCCAAUUAUAAUUAAAGUCCACUAAAACUAUUAGAUAUGGAUAUGGACAAAGUGCCAAAGAUAUGUAUCCAAAGCUUGACGUGUAACCCCCUUAUUCAUAAACGUUAACUAAAGUUAUCAAACCGAUAA